CGGCCGCCGUCCCCAGUCUCUGUGUGUCUUCCCGGUCCCUUCCCGUCUCCGCCUGUGCCUCUUCCCGGUCCCUUCCCGUCUCUCCUCGUCCUCUCCCGCGGUGGCGGGCCGCGGAGCAUGAGGUGCCCUGGCCGCCUCUGAGCGCUCGCACACCGUCCCUCGCAGAGGCGCGGGGCUUUCCCCGCUGCCUGCCCCGGUAUGGAGGAGAAGUACAGCGGGCAGGCCUUGGCCGCCGGCGGCGUGCUGGGUCCCGUGGAUGUGCCGAGCGCCCGGCUGACUCGGUACAUCGUGCUGCUGUGCUUCACCAAGGUUCUGAAAGCCGUGGGGCUGUUUGAAUCUUAUGAUCUCCUGAAAGCUGUCCACCUCGUGCAGUUUAUCUUUAUAGUGCAGAUGGGGUCUGCCUUUUUUAUGGUUUUGUUUCAAAAACCAUUUUCUUCUGGAAAAGUAGUAACUAAGCGUCAGUGGAUCAAAAUUUUUAAGCAUGCUGUUGUGGGAUGUAUCAUUUCACUCUUGUGGUUUUUUGGCCUUACUCUUUGUGGACCACUGAGGACUUUGUUGCUGUUUGAACACAGUGAUGUGGUUGUGUUAUCGCUCCUUAGUGUCUUGUUCACAAGCUCAGGUGGAGGACCAGCAAAGACAAGAGGUGCUGCAUUUUUCAUCAUAGCUGUCAUCUGCUUACUACUUUUUGAUAAUGAUGACCUCAUGGCUAAAAUAGCAGAACAUCCUGAGGGGCAUCAUGAUAGUGCACUUACCCAUGUUCUGUAUACAAUCAUUGCUUUCCUGGGUGUUGCAGAUCACAAGGGGGGGGUACUGCUCCUGGUACUGGCAUUGUGUUGCAAGGUUGGUUUUCACAUGGCUUCCCGAAAACUUUCUGUAGAUGUAGGUGGAGCCAAGCGUCUUCAAGCUUUGUCUCAUCUUGUUUCUGUCCUUCUGUUGUGCCCAUGGGUCAUUGUUCUCUCUCUGACAACAGAGAGUAAAGUAGAGUCUUGGUCUUCACUCGUCAUGCCUUUCGUAACAGUCAUCUUUUUUGUUGUGAUCCUGGAUUUCUAUGUGGAGUCUAUAUGCUCUGUCAAGAUGGAAGCUUCCACGUGUGCUCGUUAUGGAUCCUUUCUUAUUUUCAUUAGUGCACUGCUUUUUGGCAACUUCUGGACACAUCCUAUAACAGACCAGCUUCGAUCUAUGAACAGGCCAACACACCAUGAAAGCACAGAGCACGUUCUUUCUGGAGGUGUGGUAGUGAGUGCUGUCUUCUUCAUUUUAUCUGCCAAUAUCCUGUCCUCCCCCUCCAGGAAAGGGCAGAAGGGUACCCUUAUUGGCUAUUCCCCUGAAGGCAUACCUCUCUAUAACUUCAUGGGUGAUGCAUUACAGCAGAGCUCUCAGUCAUUACCCCGGUUUAUUAAGGAGUCACUGAAGCAAAUCCUCGAGGAGUAUGAUUCUAGGCAGAUCUUCUAUUUCUUGUGCCUAAAUCUGGCUUUCACUUUUGUGGAGCUUUUUUAUGGAGUAUGGACCAAUAGCCUUGGUCUUAUUUCUGAUGGAUUUCACAUGCUUUUUGAUUGUUCUGCAUUAGUGAUGGGGCUUUUUGCAGCUCUGAUGACAAGAUGGAAAGCAACUCGCAUAUUUUCCUAUGGAUAUGGACGUGUAGAAAUUCUUUCUGGAUUUAUUAAUGGCCUCUUUCUGAUGGUAAUUGCUUUCUUUGUCUUCAUGGAAUCAGUGGCCAGACUCGUGGAUCCCCCAGACAUAGACACAAAUAUGCUAACUCCAGUCUCUGUUGGAGGGCUGAUCGUAAACCUCGUUGGUAUCUGUGCCUUCAGCCACGCACACUCCCAUGGGGCUUCUCGAGGAGGUUGUCACUCACACGAUCACAGCCAUUCCCACCAUGGGCACAGCCACAGCCAUGGGCAUGGCCAUUCCCACAGUGACCAUGGGCACAGCCACGGACAUUCCCAUGGGUCUUCUGGAGGGGGCAUGAAUGCCAACAUGAGAGGUGUGUUCCUGCAUGUUUUGGCAGACACUCUUGGCAGUGUUGGUGUUAUUGUAUCCACGAUAUUUAUCCAACAAUUUGGAUGGCUCAUAGCUGAUCCACUCUGCUCUCUUUUUAUUGCUACAUUGAUUUUUCUUAGUGUUAUCCCUCUACUGAAAGAUGCCUGUCAAGUGCUUUUGUUGAGGAUUCCUCCAGAACAGGAGAAAGACCUGCACACUGCUUUAGAAAAGAUUCAGAAAAUAGAGGGAGUCAUAUCCUACAGAGAUCCUCACUUUUGGUGUCACUCUGCAAGUGUUGUGGCUGGUACAAUACACGUGCAAGUGGUAUCAGAUGUGACAGAACAGAGAAUUGUACAGCAGGUUACAGCAAUUCUGAAAGAUGCUGGUGUAAACAACCUAACUGUCCAAGUGGAAAAGGAAGCUUAUUUUCAACACAUGUCCGGACUCAGUACAGGGUUUCAGGAUGUCCUUGCAAUGACCCAGCAACUGGAAUCCAUGAAACACUACAAAGAUGGUACUUAUAUCAUGUGAUACAAAGUUGUGUUCACCAAAGGGGAUGUAAACUCUGAAACUGUAGUAUUCCAUAUUUGUCUUACUUUUUUCAGGAAAUCUUGCUCAUACAUAUACAGAAACAAAUGUACUAUGUCUUUUACUUUUUUUAAGCAUACUAUCUUUAUUAAAAUUGGAUCAAGAUGCUUUUAUAAAGGAAAUAAGAUGGACUUGAAUAUUUGCUGUAUAUUGAAAUAAUUGAGAUAUUAAAUACUGUGCUUGGUGUAUAUUAAACAGGUUUUGCAGCUUGUGGAUUAGCACGGAUAUAUUCCAUACUUCAAGUACAGAACAUCAUUAUUGUCAUUUCAUGUUAGCAUUGGGAAGCUAAGUAGCUUAUACUGGCAUGCAAACAUAAACUACUGAAAAAAAUUUUUUUUUCUUUCAAACACAACUUGGAGACUCUUCAAAGAGUGAAAUUUACAUGUUUAUUAUGGGGAUUAAAAAAAAGAUAAAUUUGUGGGUUUUGCACACUUUGUUAGGUAAUAGGAAUAUAGAGGUUUUGUAUUAUGUCUCAGCAUACAAAUCUGAAUUCUAAACUUAAUAUGUCAGAGCAAAUAGAUGUUACCAUUUUAAAUUUAUAUAAAAUUAUUUUUUUAAGGAGAGAAAUCCACAGGUUAGCAGUGACAAAUUGGGAGGAGAAAAACUUGCUGACACUUUUUUGUUUCCUGGGAAGAGUCAGAAUCAAAAAAUGGCUCUGUAAAAUAAUCUUUUGUACUUUUGUAUGAAUAAUUGCAAAUGCAAUAUUUUGAAGCCUAAAGUAAUUGAUCAGUUAGCAUCCUAGCACUCAGCUAAAUUUAACCUCUUCAGGAUAUGUUUUUCUGCCAUUUAUUCUAUUUUUUUUCAUAAUGCUGUAACCCAGCUGCAGGUGUACUGUAUGCAGAUUUACCUUUGUUUAUUACCCAAGGAAGCAGUCCAGCUUUAGAACACAAAACUUUCCAACCAUCUGGAGCCUGGCAGGUUGCUAAAACAGACUGUAAAUGGAGUUCUUGACUGAAAUGAGAAAGAGUGUGUUUAAGAAAGAAUUUUUCAUGUUGGGGUCUGAAUACUGUGAAGAAAAAAAACAAAUCUGUAGUGAAAACCAUUCAGCUUGGUAAUAACCUAUGUUAUCAGACAUAGUUAUCCUUACAUCUGUUUACAGUCUUCCUGAGCCCUCUUUUCUUCUUGUCUGAAGCCCUUGAAUAUUUUCUGUGGAAUGCAGCAAAUCAUUUCAGUGGUUAGCAAGAGUGAGUAUAUCUUUCCUCAUUCCCUGUAUCAUGGCAGUUUUAUUUUGUUACACUUGUUUUUUGGUUCUGGUAUUUAGCAUCAGUACCUGAGUAUCAUAAGAAAGACUGGACUUGAUCUUACUGUAAUUCAAGAACAGAGUGAUGUGGGAAUUACAUGCUCAGGUCAGUUUCCCAGGCACUGCAGUUCGAGAUGUCCUUGAGGAAAUCUGCUUCUCUUGUGAUCAGACUGUUUAUAACAAGUGCACAGUUUCUUUUGUAACUGAUAAACAAGUUUGUGUUCCUUUCUGUUCCUCCCAUGCAAUGUUAAAACACUAUCCACAGUACAGAACUGCCUAGAAAAACUGGUCAGAAAGGCCCUAAAAGUUACAUUGCUUUUACAUAGGGGGGUGAAGGCUGGCUGUACAAGUUACAGUCCUUCAUUUCUCAGGACAGUGGUGCAGAACCAGCCGAGUUCUCAAAGCCUGAUCAUGGUUUUCUUGCAAUUUAUGCCUUUGGCAGGGGUUUUCUUGCUCUGCCCCCCCCUAAGGAUUCAGGUCAGUUGAAUAUGUGCUGUUCCUGUUUGUGGUGAUUGUACUGGAGCUGACAGCAUUUCACCAGACUGAGCCUUAGUCCCAUCGUGAUGGGCAGAUGAAAAGAAGGCUGAUUUUUUUCAAAUCAAGUUAGUGUAAUAAGGUUGAAAAGCCUGCAUUCUUGACACAACUUUCCCUUGAUAAAUGGCACAUUUCCUACUUCAGCUGCUAGCAACAGGACCCAAAAAAAGUGGCUGGGACCAUGUAAAGUCAUCACGACAGUGAAAUUAGCUCUUACCUGCAUAAUUCAUUGGCAAGUGCACACCUGCACUGUAACACGCAUUUAGCAGCUUUUUGUGUGUUACCCAACAUGCAUACACAGUGUUUUUCCUGGCUACCCUGACAGGGAGACUAGCAAUAAACAUUAUCAUAAAUUUGUUUAACAAGAGCCUGUAUCUGACAAUAAAAAAGGGUUCAGGUUCCCCCCACCCACCCACAAGAUCUAUUAGAACUGUACUGUAAGAGUAGGUUUUCAAAUCACAGGUAUAAGCUAAUUGAUCUAUAUUUUAAUAAGUACUGCAGAUUGUUGUAGAGCCACUUGGUUUGUAUGUGGACUUGCAACAUGAUAAUUUCAACGGUGAAACAAAGUUCUAGAACAAACUCUAGGUAUGUGUUGUACAUCCUCCAGCAAGCAAUAUAUGUGUAUACAAUGAGGAAAAAAUAAAUGUGUUUUUCAAUGA